AUGAACCUCAAGCCAUCAGACUUCGCGGCGAGGACUCAGGCAGAGAAGCUCCCGCCUGAUUGGCACUUCGGAACGCUUCGAGAGGUCAUCCAACGAGGCGAUUAUUGCGUAUUCUGCAAACUGAUUGCCAACUCCGUCUCGACGGACGCGUUCUCGCGUGAGGUCGAGGUCUUGGGAUGCUGGGUUCCCGACGCGGUCUUGGAGGAGGUGGAUCCCGCGACCCAGGCCGUCACCACGAUGACGACUCUUCGGCUGAGGAUUGCGCCUGAGAUGGUAGGCUGGGAAGAUGCCUUCGACGCGUUUGAUAUCGUGCCGCUGGCAGACAAUGGCCAGGAUGACAUGUUCCAAGGGCGAACGGUGGAUGAAAGUUUCAUCAACAUUGAUCUCCUGCGAACGUGGCUCCAGACCUGCCAGGACAGCCAUCAUGUUGUGUGCUGGCCCAGAAACCCCGAAUCGCAUAACCGUCGGUGGCAUGUUGAGCCUUUUAUCCGGCUGCUGGAUCUUGAAACAAAUUGUCUCAUCGAAACGUCUACCCCGCCGGAGUUUGUGGCCUUGAGUUACGUUUGGGGCACUGUCGAAGUCUUCACGCUUGGGAUGGACAACUAUCUUAAUCUCAUGAAGCCCGGCUCACUCACGGAGUAUGAAGGAAAGUUUCCGAAGACGAUUCAAGACGCCAUGAAAUUGACAAAACUGUUGGGUUACCGCUACCUCUGGACAGACUCAAUUUGCAUCAUUCAAAGAGGCGACGAAGACGAAAGAGGCGACGGAGACGACAAAACAGUCCAACUUCGACUCAUGGAUGUCAUCUACAGCAAAGCAUCUGUUACGGUCACUGCAGCAAGCGGCACGGAUGCAAACGCCAGACUGGCGGGGGUGUGUGGAGUCAGUCGUAGCAAAAUCCAGAAUACCGCGAGGUACUCGGACGACCUUAUCCUGCUUGCACUGAUGCCCGAUUUCGAAGAUGGUGUCCAACAGAUUUACUGGAACUCUCGAGGAUGGACAUACCAGGAACGUCUUCUUUCGCGGAGGUUGCUCGUCUUCACCAGAGACACAGUCUACUUUCAAUGCGGCCAAAUGACUUGCAGCGAGGACUUCAACAUGCUCAAGCCAGGAGUGAUUCAGAGUGCUUCACAACAAGACAUCAUGCUUUCAAGGGGAGAGGAAAACCCGACAUUAACACCACGGAGUCAAUAUCGGCUCGGUAUUUCGGAAGAGUAUUACUACCGCAUGGUGACAGAGUAUACCUCAAGACAUAUGAGUCACACUGAUGACCGAGUCAAUGGUUUCGAGGGUAUUCUCAACGUUCUCCGCAAUGUAUAUGGCGAUGUCUUCAUAUGGGGGGCGUGGGCAGGUGACAUGCUUCUUCAAUCCCUUUUAUGGCAGCCUCGCCAGGAACUCAGGCGAGUCUACCGUUGGAACACUACAACACCAGUUUAUCCGACCUGGGCUUGGGCCGGUUGGACUGGAGCUGUCAGGUUUGACGACCCUGCGGACUGGAAUGGAUUCCCUCCGUUGGACGAGCCAUCGGACAGGGUUCGCCCAUCGAGUUUGGGAGCAUGUGUUGAGAUCAAUGAAGACGAUACACCCGGAUGUCAUCUUCGAGUACGCACACGCACUGGAAAAUUCAAGCUUACUCUUCACGACCAGAGUGGUGCUCUUAGACCCCCGGCGUUGCCGGAAGUGGAUGGCCCACACCCUGUCCGUUUUGGUAUUACAGGUGUGGUUCAGGCCGAGGGUGGAGAUCCAGAGCCAUGGCUGGGAAGCAUCUUGAUGCCACAAGACCAUCGGCAAAGGCUCUCUGACGAGUACGAAUUUGCAAUCCUUUCCGAUGCUUACUGCUUCUCAAGCGAAGAGCUCUCGACAAGCGCCUCUAGAUUUAUGAGUCCAUGGGAGGUAGUCAACGUCAUGCUGAUUCACCGACAGGACAACUUGAAUCUGAAUGGAGUGCCAGUUGUGGAAAGGGGUGGCGUAGGAAGAAUGUUGAAGUCAGCAUGGGACAAGCUAUCACAAGAAUGUGAGGAAAUUCUCGUCGCAUAA